AUGGAAGAGGGUCUCGGAAGGCUCUGCAUUUCAUAUGCUGAUCAACAAUCUGGAGUCACUGAUUUGGAUAAGAGAGUGCCCAUAGAUUUGGUGCACAAUUCUCGUAGUAAAUCAAGAAUGGUAACGAUCGGGGCAUCUCAUGGCUGGGUAGCUACUCUUAGGGACGACGGGAUCCUGCGUCUCCAAGACGAUCUAAACCCUGUUGCCUCCGAUAUAGACCCAAAACGCAUCCCCCUGCCUCCUCUUGUGACUCUGCCUCAUUGCCAAACCCAAAUCGUCACCAACGUGGCCAUGUCCUCUUCUUCUCCAGAGGAUGAGGACUGUGUCGUGGCUGUCAAGUUCUUGGGACCGCAGCUCAGCUUUUGCAGACCCGCGAACAAACCGGAGUGGACCAACAUCAGGAUCGAAAACCCCUGCUUCUACUCCUCCCGAGUCAUGUUCUCCAAGAAACACGACAUGUUUCGCAUCCCCGGAUCUGGAGGACACCUCAUCGGUUCAUGGGAUCCCUGCAAAGACAGCGAUAACCCCAACUUGCAGAGCUUGCGGUUUCAAAACCUUCCCAGGCUGCCGACGGCCACGCGAGAGCUUCUGGAUUCGUGCUGCACGAGAGAACACUUGGUGGAGUCAAGAACAACCGGCGAGACUUUCUUGGUUAAGCUGUACAAGAAGACCACCGAGAUCGUCGAAGGUGUUGCCAAAAUGAAAAUACAAGGUUUGAUGGUGUUCAAGCUAGACGAUGAAGGAAACGCCGUUUAUACUCAAGACAUUGGAGAUCUCUGCAUCUUCAUCUCCGAGUCUGAACCAUUCUGUGUCUCUGCUAGCUCCUUCCCUGGCCUAGGCUCUAACAGUGUCAACUUCUACGAUUCCGAUGAACACGCAACGAUCAUCGAUCUGAAUUGCUUCAUCGUCAGUGGAAACUCUAGAUGGCCGGCCCCUUACUAUAUUCCACCUCAAAAUAUGGAUUAG